GAGCCAUCGGCAUUGCCUCAAGAUCUAAUCACUGCAAGCUUCCCGAGGAGAAGAUAAAACACCAAACUCGCACAAUCAUGGCCUCGUUGAAGUCCUGGUUCAGUAUUCCGAGUGGCUCACAUUUCUCAUUGGCCAACAUUCCGUUUGGCGUCAUCUCAACACCCUCGUCCAAGACACCGCGCGUGGCAGUUGCCAUUGGAGAGCAUGCUCUAGAUCUCGAAGCCUUUGCUGCAAACAAUGGCUUCUUGGGCUUGUCUACCAUACAGCCACACCAAGCUGUCUUCUCGCAACCAUCGCUGAACGCCUUUGCAGCCCUCGGCCGCCCAAUUCACUCUGUAGUUCGCAAGUACAUCCAGACUGUCUUCUCCGAGGAAACUACGUAUCCUGAUGUGCUGAAAAACAAUGCGGUACUCCAGAAGCAAGUCUUGAUACCCCUCAAAGACAUCAAAGCCCAUUUGCCUUUCAAGAUUGGCGACUACACCGAUUUCUUCGUGGGCCUGAACCAUGCCUACAACUGCGGUGUCAUCUUCAGAGGCGCCCAGAAUGCUUUGAAUCCAAACUACAAGCAUCUUCCAGUCGGUUACCAUGGGCGAGCCUCUUCAAUCGUGCCGUCUGGAACACCAAUCCGGCGGCCCAAUGGGCAGAUACUACUCGACCCGACAGCGGAGAAGAAGGUGCCCACCUUCAGCCCCUGCAAGAAGCUUGACUUCGAGUUGGAGCUGGGGGCUUUUGUAUGUGGCUCCAACGAACAAGGUGUCCCGAUUCCAGUCGAUCAAGCCGCGGCUAACUUGUUCGGUGUGGUGCUCAUGAACGACUGGUCUGCAAGGGAUGUUCAAGCAUGGGAGUCGACACCGUUGGGGCCCUUCAAUGCGAAGAAUUUCGGGACGACCAUCAGCACUUGGGUCGUCCUGGCGGACGCAUUGGAACCAUUCAAGACGAAGGGUAUAGACAACGACAUGGAAAUUCUGCCUUACUUGAGAGAGAAGGAAGAGAAGACCGUGUACGACAUCAAUCUCGAGGUCAACCUUAAGACUUCCUCCGGUAAUACAGCAACCGUGACAAAGACAAACGCACGACACCUCCUAUGGUCUUUCCCGCAGAUGUUAGCACAUCAUACUAUCACGGGCUGCCCAUUUCAACCUGGAGAUUUGUUAGGCUCUGGUACCAUCAGCGGUACCUCUCCAGCUGAGUUUGGAAGUCUUCUCGAACAGAGUAGCAACGGAAAGAAUUCUAUUGUAGUAGGGGAUAGUGAGAAGAGGACGUUCCUAGAGGACGGUGAUCAGGUUACUAUCCGAGGUGUAUGUGGUACAGAUGAUCAGUCUCUGGUGGGCUUCGGAGAUUGUGUCGGUCGCAUUGAACCUGCACUCACGUUGGGAUUUGCCUAAAGUUUCUUUUUGUGUUCAACGAAGAGCGAUAAACCCCACCAUGUCACAUAGAAGAUGCAUGCUAUAGUGGCCUGCAGCAGGUCUUCUCCAUCGCUCCAUGCUAUCAUGAUUCGGCCUACCAGCCUCAAA